AUGGCGCAACCACAGCAGACGAUGGCGAUGCCAGACCUGUCGAACGCGAUUGUGGCGCAGGACGAGAUGGGCCGGCCAUUCAUCAUUGUGAAGGACCAGGGCAACAAGAAGCGGCAGCACGGGCUGGAAGCGAAGAAGUCGCAUAUCCUGGCGGCUCGGUCGGUGGCGUCGAUCAUCAAGACGUCUCUGGGGCCGCGGGGGCUGGACAAGAUCCUGAUCUCGCCAGACGGUGAGAUCACGAUUACGAACGACGGGGCGACGAUUCUGUCGCAGAUGGAGCUGGACAACGAGAUCGCGAAGCUGCUCGUGCAGCUGUCGAAGUCGCAGGAUGACGAGAUCGGGGACGGGACCACGGGGGUGGUGGUUCUGGCGGGCGCACUGCUCGACCAGGCGCUGGAGUUGAUCGAGAAGGGCAUCCACCCGAUCCGGGUGGCGAACGGGUUCAACGAGGCGGCCAAGAAGGCCGUCGCGCACCUGGAGCAGCAGGCGGACGACAUGUCUGCGGACCCGGAGGUGUUCCGGGAGUACCUGUUCAAGGCGGCGAAGACGUCGCUGGGGUCAAAGAUCGUGUCGAAGGUGCACGACACGUUUGCGCAGAUGGCGGUGGACGCGGUGAUGGCGGUCGUGGACGAGGGCCGCAAGGACGUGGACUUCGAUCUGAUCAAGCUAGAGGGCCGUGUCGGUGGCUCGUUGGGAGACUCUGCGCUGAUCCACGGUGUGGUGCUGGACAAGGACUUUUCGCACCCGCAGAUGCCGAAGGAGGUGAAGCCCAAGGAGGGGAAGGACGGCGUCAAGCUGGCCAUUCUGACCUGCCCCUUCGAGCCUCCCAAGCCGAAGACGAAGCACAAGCUGGACAUAACGACGGUGAAGGAGUACCAGAAGCUGCAGGAGUACGAGCAGGAGAAGUUCAAGGAGAUGAUCGAUUACGUGAAGCAGUCCGGCGCGGACGUCGUCAUCUGCCAGUGGGGGUUCGACGACGAGGCGAACCACCUGCUGCUGCAGAACGAGCUGCCGGCUGUCAGAUGGGUAGGCGGCCAGGAGCUCGAGCUGAUCGCAAUUGCCACCAACGGCCGGAUUGUGCCGCGCUUCCAGUCGCUCUCUCCGGAGAAGCUGGGGACGUGUGGCUCGAUCCGCGAGCUCGAAUUCGGCACUACCAAGGAGCGGAUGCUGGUGAUCGAGGAGUGUUCGAACAGCAAGACCGUCACCUGUUUCCUCCGCGGCUCCAACAAGAUGAUUGUCGACGAGGCCAAGCGUGCGCUCCACGACUCUCUCUGUGUCGUGCGUAACAUGAUCCGCGAUUCCCGCGUCGUGUACGGUGGCGGUGCUGCCGAAGUUACAAUGUCUCUUGCCGUGGCAAGUGAGGCUGACAAGCAACGCGGAAUUGACCAGUAUGCGUUCCGUGCUUUUGCCCAAGCUCUGGAUUCCAUUCCGAUGAUCCUAGCCGAAAACUCCGGUCUCGACCCAAUUGAGACGUUGACGACUGUGAAGAGCAAGCAGGUCAAGGAGAACGUCUCCACCAUUGGUGUGGACUGCUUGGGCAAAGGCUCCAACGAUAUGAAGGAGUUGUUCGUAGUUGACCCAUUGAUUGGCAAGAAACAGCAAAUCUUGUUGGCAACGGAAUUGUGCCGGAUGAUCUUGAAGAUCGAUAACGUCAUCAUUAGUGGUAAGGACGAGUACUGA